AGGAUAAAGAAGCUAAAGACUGAGCUGCAACUACAACACUUCUUCCUGCCUGUUGCCUUUUAUAAAACCCGUUUUUCUUCCCUUUCAGGCUCGAAACAUCCAGACGUCUGAACUGGCAGCCAUUAAGAUCGUCAAGCUGGAUCCUGGUGAUGACAUCACAUCCAUUCAGCAGGAGAUCACCAUGAUGAAGGAGUGCAAGCACAAAAACAUUGUGUCCUACUUCGGCAGCUAUCACAGGAACACCAAGCUGUGGAUCUGUAUGGAGUACUGCGGGGGAGGAUCCCUUCAGGACAUGUACCAAGUGACGGGUCCGUUAAAGGAGAAGCAGAUUGCCUUCGUCUGCAGGGAGACGCUCCAGGGUCUGCAUCACUUGCAUGAAACGGGCAAAAUGCACAGAGACAUAAAGGGAGCUAACAUCCUUUUGACCGAACGAGGCGACAUCAAACUGGCCGACUUUGGAGUAGCAGCAGAGAUCAGUGCUUCAGUGGCCAAGAGGAAGUCUUUCAUUGGAACUCCCUACUGGAUGGCUCCGGAGGUGGCCGCAGUGGAGAAGAAGGGCGGCUACAACCACUUGUGUGACAUCUGGGCUGUUGGCAUCACCGCCAUCGAGUUGGCCGAGCUCCAGCCGCCCAUGUUUGACCUCCACCCGAUGAGAGCGCUGAUGUUGAUGUCCAAGAGCAGCUUCCAGCCUCCAAAGCUGAAGGAAAAAGCCAAGUGGUCUGCAGGUUUCCACAGCUUUGUGAAGAUGGCUCUCAAUAAAAACCCACGGAAGAGGCCCUCAGCUGAGACUCUUCUGCAGCAUCCGUUUGUGACCCAGCUGCUGACCCGGAACCUGAUCAUCGAGCUGCUGGACCUGGCCAACAACCCAGAGCUGCACAGCUCCGUCCCACACAGCAUGGAUGACAGCGAGCUGGAGAUUGGGGACGAGGCUCCAGACAAGAUUCAGUCAGCAGGGAAACGUUUGCCUGUGGAGAGGACCGUUUCUGAAGAACAAUUCGACCAGAUAAAGUUUGGACGGCCAGUGAGGAAAGUCACAGAGCCUUACCCUGACCUGCAGGGCUCCUAUGAUGACUGGAGUCUGUCUGGAGACGAAGAUAAUUCACAGAGCCUGUUGGAAUGUGUGGAAGAAGCCCUGCAGAUGAGGAGCCUAACGAUAGCGAGGGCGCCAUCUGCUGAUGGAGGUAGGAAGAUUGGUUUGUUCAGUCCUACAGCUUCGCUGCCAGCCUUCAGCUCUUUAACUUCCAACGCAGAAGACAGAGACCUGACGCCCAGACCCACCUGCACACUUGGCCCCGACGCCGCCGCCGACUCGGUCUCCACAGCAGGCCUCUCCAGGUGUUCUGCCACGCAGGACAUCAGUCAGCGCUGCAGUGACCCGAGGUUCCCCUCACAGCACCCCGUACCUGCAGAGCGAAGGCCCGCCUCCUCCGUUUCCUCCCCCAAAAGAGAGACCCCACUGUCCCCUGAGUGGAGCACGCUGCGGAAAAAGACGGAGGACUCGAGAGCUGAUUGUCAUGGGCUUCCUCCCACCCCUCAAGUCCAUAUGGGAGCCUGCUUCACCAAAGUCUUCAACGGAUGUCCUCUGAAAAUCCACUGCGCUGCUACCUGGAUUUUACCCAAAACUAAAGAUCAGUACCUUAUUCUCGGAGCGGAGGAAGGGAUUUACACGCUGAACCUCAAUGAACUUCAUGAAGACACACUAGAAAAGCUGCUGCCCCAGCGAUGCACGUGGCUUUACGUCAUGAACAACGUGCUGAUGUCGGUAUCAGGAAAGUCGUCGCAGCUUUGCUCCCACAGCCUGACGGCUCUGUUCGAGCAGAAAGGACACGUGCACAAGCGGCACGGCAGCCUGUCUCUCAGCACCAACCGCUUCGCUGAGAGGAUCAUCCCCAGAAAGUUUGCCAUAUCUGUGAAGAUUCCAGACACUAAAGGCUGCAGGAGAUGUGGUGUAGCCAGAAACCCCUACACUGACAGCACCUUUCUGUGCGCCGCCGUCCCAUCCGGUCUGGUGCUGCUCCUGUGGUACGAGCCGCUGCAGAAGUUCAUGCAUCUGAAGCACAUAUCGGUUCGGCUUCCAGACUCUCUGCCAAUAUUUGAGCUCCUGGUCCUGGUUAGCGAUGAGUUUCCCCAGCUGUGCGUUGGGGUGAGAGAGAGCGAGAACGCCAGCCGCCAGCUCCAGUUCGAUAUAAUAGAGCUGAACGACCCUCCUGCUGCAGUGCCGGAUAACGGGGCCCUCAACGCCGUCCAGAUUACCCAGCUGGACCGGGACACGGUUCUGAUUGCAGUUGAAAAAAUGGUGAAGAUCGUGGAUCUGAAAGGGCUCCCCUCCAGAGAGAUGGCCGCCGAGAUAGCCUUUGACUUCCGGAUUGAAACGCUAGUCUGUUUGCAGGACAGUGUGCUGGCUUUCUGGAAGCAUGGCCUGAAAGGGAGGAGUUACCGUUCAGAUGAGAUAACGCAGGAAAUCACAGAUGAGAGCCGAGUGUUCAGAGUGUUGGGAACAAACAGAGACAUCAUCCUCCAGAGUACGCCGACUGACGACCCCUCAGCUCUGAGCAACCUCUACAUCUUGACCGGUCAUGAGAGCAGCUACUGAGCCGCUGGACAGGCUCCAUUGAUUCAGCCAAUAAAAUCCAGAGGGUUUUACCUCCCACAGUUAAGGAAUGACCCGCUCUGAGCUGGAGUUGAAACAGCCCACAGGGUCGUACUGGGAUUCUGCCGAGGUGUGGCUGCCAUCCCUAAUCUGGCAGAAAACCGUCUUUCUAAUGAACUUCUGAUGAACAGGCGCAGGAAAUCAGACCUUUGAUCAUUAAUGGGAUGUUUUAAUUGAGUCCAAGUGUGUCAGAAUUUCCACAAAAUGUCCGGUUCCAGAAGUAACUAAGGUCCGAUUUGGUUAUGAUUGAUACUCACUGAGACUAAUAAGGGAUAUUUAAAUGAGUUCAUUAGCAAAGAGCUAGAAUGCCUAGAGAAGUACCAAGGCGCUGCCCUCAGAGAUGGAGGGAGCCCAUUAAAAACUGUGCUAACUGGUCUCCGCUUGUCCUCUUCAGCCGUAAUUUAUCACCACGAACAUUAGCAAGAUAUUAAAAUUUAAGUGCAGCCAUGAAAAUGCGGUCUGUUAAGACAUAAAAUAAAACAUGCUCAGAGUUGGACAGUCUAGGUUAGGAAGGAUGAAACCAGGCCUAGUUUUCCUUCUUUAUUAUAUGCUGUGGAAAUGAGAAUUUUGGACUUAAUCUCUGGAUUUUUCACCUCUGAGCUCAUUCAUCUCUGAAAUAUAAAACUCAGCAAAU